AUGCGGUCCUCGACAUUACUUUCGCCUUUCAUCUCUAUCCUCUCCCUGCUCUCCCUCUUCUCCGGUGCCUCCGCUGUCAGAUUAAUCGAGUCAAAGUCCCUCAACACCUGCCAAGAUAAUUCUAGUUUCACAGCAAGUCUGUUCAAUGUCGUCUUCACACCGAAUAACAGAACCCUUACAUUCGAUGUUGUCGGUGUUUCUUCAAUUCAGGGCAAUGUCUCCUUUGGAAUUGAGGUCUUUGCCUAUGGAUACCGGUUCUUGAAGCAAACACUCGACCCAUGUAACAUGGACUUGGCUGGAAUGUGCCCCAUGUCUACUGGCCAGAUCGAUAUUCAAUCAAACUUGGUGCUGGACGAAGAUGCUGUCAGCCAAAUUCCCGGAAUCGCUUUCGGUGUCCCCGAUCUAGAUGCCAACGUCAAGAUUCAUAUCAAUGCAACAUCCAACCCUGAUGUCAGUUUGGCUUGCGUGGAGGCAAAUCUUUCUAAUGGGCAAUCCGUUGAUCAGAAGGGUGUUUCAUGGGCGACUGCUGUAAUUGCUGGUAUGGCUCUCGUAGCUUCAGCCGUCACAUCCGGAUUAGGUCACUCGAAUACUGCAGCACACGUGGCGUCGAACGCACUGUCUCUCUUUGGAUACUUCCAGGCCCAGGCCAUUGUUGGAUUGACCGCGGUUCCUCUCCCACCUAUCGUUCAAUCAUGGACCCAGAACUUUCAGUGGACCAUGGGUAUUAUCCGGGUCAGCUUCAUGCAAACUAUCGCUACCUGGUAUCAAAAGUCAACUGGAGGAACCCCAGGUACUCUUCUCAACAGUCUCACCACGACAUCUGUUCAGGUCCUCAAGAAGAGGUCAACCAGUACUGAGAUAAACAAGCGAUCAGUUGACGAAACCAUCAGACUUCUCACCCAUGCCCACAACUUGAGCAAGCGUGCCACCGAAACUGCUUCUGGAACCUACGUCGUCAAGGGAAUUAAGAGAGUUGCAUUCCGUGCCGGUAUUGAAGCAACAAACCUUUUCUUGACCGGUCUCGCUUUCUUCUGUAUUUUCAUCGCAUUCACCAUCAUCUUCGUCUCCCUGUUCAAGGGUUUUUGCGAACUUGCAGUGCGAUCAAAAUGGAUGAAGAGUGACAAAUUCGAGGAUUUCCGUAAUGGCUGGUUCACCGUCUUGAAGGGUAUCAUGUUCCGUAUGGUUCUCAUCGGGUACCCUCAGAUGACCAUUCUGUGCUUGUGGGAAUUUACCCAGAUCGAUUCACCCGCCGAGGUUGUUUUGGCCAUUUUCUUCUUCUUCGGCAUGACUGGAACCUUAGCCUGGGCCGCUCUCAAGGUGAUCCGCAUCGCAAAGCGAUCCGAGGAGAUGCACAAGAACCCAGCAUAUAUCCUCUACUCUGACCCGGCUUCUCUCAACAAGUGGGGAUUUCUAUACGUUCAAUUCAGAGCUACUGCGUACUACUUCAUCCUCCCGACUUUGGCCUACAUUGUUGUCAAGGGAAUGUUCAUCGCUUUCGGCCAAAACUCCGGAACCGUUCAGGCUAUUGCAUUGUUGCUUAUCGAGGCGAUCAUCUUGAUUGGAGCCAGCGUUAUUCGACCAUGGAUGGACAAGAGCACUAACAGUUUCAAUAUCGCUAUCUGUGCCGUCAACUUUGUCAACGCCGUCUUCCUUCUCAUCUUCACGGAUGUCUUCAACCAGCCAGGCAUAGUGACUGGCGUUGUGGGAGUUGUAUUUUUCAUUCUGAACGCAGCAUUCUCUCUGGUCCUCUUGAUUCUGGUCUUGAUUGCCACGGUCUAUGCUUUCAUCAGAAAGAACCCAGACAGCCGAUACCAGCCAAUGAGCGAUGACCGUGCAUCCUUCAUCAAGUCGCAAACUCAGUUGACUACUGAGUUGGAUGCUUUGGGAGCCACUGCACGAGGCGACAAGAGUGGCAACUACAACAAGCACAACCUUGACUUGGACGAUGAUAAUGAUUCAUGGUCUUCCGAUUCGAUGAGAAACCCAGCCAACCAGCCACUUCCUCCCUCCACUGCCAACUCCGGAGCAGCAUAUAGAGAGCCUCCUCAUUCUCCAGUAGACCCAUCUGUUCCACUGUUCCCAGCCGGUCGUGGUCCUCCACCAAACUACCAGGAUAACAAUCGUGGGAUGUAUGAGAACGUUAAUCGUAACAUGAGCGAUGUUCCUUUGAUGGGUGGUAGACCAGGGCCAUCGCCCAGCCCAUACCGCGAUUCGUCAAACUCGAACCUUUCAGCGGCAUAUAGAUCACAACAUACUGCAAGUCCUGCGGGAUUCAGAAACAACAAUAAUGCCAGUCCUUGGCAGCGUGGAGCCGGUUACGAACAUUAA